CCAUUGGUUGAAAAACUAGGUUAGUGGUCCGACAGGCAUGACGGUGAAGAGAAACUGGGUCACCGAUCGAAAAUCGUUUAUGUCACAGUUCUGUGGGCUGCUAUUACAUAUUACCGGCGGCUUUCAAUGGACGGACUAAUCUCAUAGGACCCACUGUGUAGACGGGUUGCAGCAGCUCCUUAAGGAUCAGAUCAUAUCGGGGCAGAGUGACCACAUCGAACUGGAUGAAACUAGGUCAGGCUGAAUCAAACCAGACUCAAACCAAAUCAGCACAAAGCAGACCAGACUGACCCAGACAAUACCAGGCCCGUCCAGGAGACCUGUUCCAGUUUCCUAUCCAGUUGAGGGCUCAAGAGUGGAUGGAAGGAGAUGAUUUUAACACAGAGGCUGUGAUGAACAUCUGUGAUGACCUGAUGGCAGACCAAAGGAUGGACAUCUCGUCUACAAUGACUGACUUCAUGUCCCCCAGCUCCACCGACCUCAUCUCCAGCUCCAUCAGCACACCUGGCAUGGACUACACCCGCAAGAGGAAGGGUAGCACCACCGAUUACCAAAUUGAUGGCUUCUCAUUUGAUGACAUGGACCCAGACAAAGAUAAACUGGGAAGUGACCAACAGGGCCGGAUUAAGAAUGCCAGAGAGGCUCACAGCCAGAUCGAGAAGCGUCGCAGGGAUAAGAUGAACAGCUUCAUCGACGAGCUCGCGUCACUGGUGCCCACCUGUAACGCCAUGUCCCGCAAGCUAGACAAGCUGACGGUUCUGCGCAUGGCUGUCCAGCACAUGAAGACACUCAGAGGUGCAGCCAACCCGUACACAGAGGCCAACUACAAGCCCUCCUUCCUCUCAGAUGAUGAACUGAAGCACUUGAUACUAAGGGCUGCUGAUGGUUUCCUGUUUGUGGUGGGGUGUGACCGUGGAAAGAUCCUCUUUGUUUCUGAAUCAGUCUACAAGAUUCUCAACUACAGCCAGAAUGACCUGAUAGGUCAGAGCCUGUUUGACUACCUUCACCCCAAGGACAUAGCCAAGGUCAAAGAGCAGCUGUCCUCUUCUGAUACGGCCCCUCGAGAGAGGCUCAUUGACGCUAAAACUGGCCUUCCAGUGAAGACAGACAUCACCCCUGGUCCAUCUAGACUCUGUUCUGGGGCCAGACGGUCGUUUUUCUGCAGGAUGAAAUGCAACAGACCCUCUGUCAAAGUAGAGGAUAAAGACUUUCCCUCCACCUGUUCUAAGAAAAAAGCGGACCGUAAGAGCUUCUGCACCAUCCACAGCACGGGCUACCUGAAGAGCUGGCCGCCCACCAAGAUGGGUCUCGACGAGGACAACGAGCCCGACAACGAGGGCUGCAACCUGAGCUGCCUGGUGGCCAUCGGCCGCCUGCACCCCCACAUCGUCCCCCAACCCAGCCUGGCAGACAUCAGGGUGAAGCCCACCGAGUAUGUCUCCCGGCACGCCAUCGACGGCAAAUUCGUCUUCGUCGACCAGAGAGCCACAGCCAUCCUAGCCUACCUGCCCCAAGAGCUGCUGGGAACCUCCUUCUACGAGUAUUUCCACCAGGACGACAUCGGCCACCUGGCGGAGUGCCACAGACAAGUGCUGCAGAUGAGAGAGAAGAUCAACACCAACUGUUACAAAUUCAAGAUCAAAGACGGCUCCUUCAUCACGCUGAGGAGCCGAUGGUUCAGCUUCAUGAACCCCUGGACCAAGGAGGUGGAGUACAUCGUCUCCACCAACACUGUCGUCUCGUGUCCUAUGAUGGAAGGAUCAGAUUACCCUCAAUCUGCGGCCUCGCCACAGAGCAUGGAUAGUGUUCUCACCUCAGAGGGUGGAGGAAGGCGGGCGCUACAGACGGUGCCCGGCAUCCCCGGCGGCACGAGAGCGGGAGCCGGCAAGAUCGGACGCAUGAUAGCAGAGGAAGUGAUGGAGAUCCAGAGGAUUCGAGGUUCCUCCCCCUCCAGCUGUGGCUCCAGCCCCUUGAACAUCACCAGCACCCCUCCACCCGACACCUGCUCUCCAGGGGGCAAGAAGAUUCAGAAUGGAGGGACACCCGAGCUGCCGAGCACAGGGAUCAUUCCUGGACCUGAUUCUGUAGGCUACCCCUACUCCAACCAGUCCAUCAUGAGUGACAACUCCCACCUGAGCAUAGACAUCAUGGACGACCCCGGCUCCAGCAGCCCCAGCAACGACGAGGCGGCCAUGGCGGUCAUCAUGUCCCUGCUGGAGGCGGACGCCGGCCUGGGCGGCCCCGUCGACUUCAGUGACCUGCCCUGGCCUUUGUGAGGAAGCUGGAAGGGAAGAAGCGGAGGGAGAGAGGGAGAACUCCCUCUUAGCACCAGAGCCACCGAUGGAGAGAGUUCAGUCAGCUUGAAUUCUGGCCGCCAUGUUUCCUGCCCCCCCUACACAACUACACUGCAAAAAAUGUCCAUCUCAACAAAUGAUAUUUUAAAUCGGAAAAGGCUGUAGAUACUGAACAUUUUACACACACAGGAGAUGAGGCUCUCGCUGCUGUUUGGAUUACACUCCUACUUUUUGAUUCAUCAUUCCCUGUAGGCGGACAAGUGACCCUGAAUGUUUUCUGGGGCAAACAGAAAGGAUUUUUAUAUAAAAAUCCGGCUCCAGAUGGCGUGUUAAGAUGAUCCUUUUUGCAGUGUCAGUUGCCUGCAGACGAGGCGUUCCCUACGUUGCCACGGCGAGAGACCAUUACUCUAACAAUAGUGCAGCAAAUGGAAUCUCAAGUUCGAAGACUGCGGUGCUAACGUGUCUGCUGAUGGGCUGAACUCUGUCUAACCGUGGCUCUGGGCUCUGUCAUCGCCAGGUCUACAGCCAACCACCCAAACCAACACAGGACUCCGUUCACAGACAGCGGUUGAAGUUUUGACGCGGGGGUUGGAGUGUGUCGGGUGGGGAGCGCUCGAUUUCCGCCUCCUGUCGCAGCCCUCUCUUCACCUCUGACCGUACGUUCCAAGUCUCCUCGCAGGAUGUCGAUUGGCUGUUUUUCGCCAGCUGAUCUCCAGCAUGGGAAAUGAACACACAGCAGGUACCCUCUGGAGAUUUGUUUGGAAGAUUCUUAGAGGUUCUUUAUUCCGAAGCCACAAGAUUCCACAAGCAGGUGAACUUCAGUUCAUUCAAACGAUGACAAACUCCUUUCUGAGAAAGCCACCUAGCUGCUGUUUUCUAAACUAACAUGAACGCUGACGCAUUUAGCUCCAAGCUACUCUAAAGCUCAUCCUCGCUAGAUUAUAUUUUCCCAGAAGAAUAGAUUCUGUAUUUUUCCUGAGUUUAAAACACAGAUUCAUUUCUGCCUAAAACUACCUACAGUACCUCAGUAAGUUCAGUAAGUGUGAUUCGACCCAAGCACGCCCAAAUAGAGCGAGCGCAUCGACACUGGCAGCAGCGUGAUGCGUCACCAAUCAACACAAAAGGAGAAAGAAGUGUUGUAUGAGCUUGAACUUCCACGUUGGGCCCAUAGAGGGCGAGUCCUUAUCUCGCUGAGACAGCCGACUUCCUGCCACACGCGAGAAUGAUCGACUGAUUCGGCUCUUGUAGUCUUGUGGCUCAGAUUCUAAUAAUACAAAGCAUCAUGUUGGAGUGUUUCUCACCCGCAGACAAAUAUGAUAAUUGUUUAACCACUGCCUUUUUGGGCCAGUUUGAGUCGAUCCCAACUGCGGCCACUACCCUGAAUCCACCUCACAGCCCGGGGGGGGGCGAGCUGUGUCCCAGUCCCAUACUUCAUGCUAACUCUAAGAAGGUUUUCAGUAUGAUCACUGGAAAAGUGAUCUAUAUACUACGUUUGUGUGUGCUGUUGAAAUUCUCCCACAAUGCAAUGCGCAAAGACAUGGAGGUUCACAACUAGACGGUAUCCAAAAUAGCUGUGAGUGAGCACCAGGAAGGGUUAAAGCUGCAACAUCUGGAUUACUGUAUAAUCUGCUGUUAGUAUGAAACACUCGCAUAUGUUGAUUUCUUGUGUGCUAACAAACAAAAACAUAGUGUAUACUGUACACAGUCAGUCUGUCGUAUGGAAUCGGGACACAGCUUUGGCAUCAGCCCCGUGACAGACCCACGUCCUGUCCAGGGUGUCUCUCACCCUGUGCAUGCUGGGAGAAGCUGCACCUCCCAGCAGAGGGAUGGACUCAACAGUUCACACUCAAAAAAAAGCCAAGAAAACGAUGAUUAUGACGCAUCAUGUGAUCAGUGCUGAUCAGAUCCACUUAGGCGAUGCAACAGGCCCCCACACCGCACAUCAUUUGGACCCAGUUCUGUGAUUAGAAACCAUCAGGACUUGUGAAGACCUCUACUGCUUUGUUCUCCUGCACAUUUUAGCCUCUGAGCGUUGACAGCAAACGGCUGGAGUGAAGCUCUGACGACUGUUACAACAAAGAAUCCGACUUUAACGGAUUGAAGGAGGUUAGCUGAAUCUGGUGGGAGCAGCAGCUCGGUGCGCAGGUGCGUGUUGGCGACUGUAACGGCGCGCUUGGCGUCUCUGCGGCAGUUUUCCAGUCUCAAAAGAGAGCAAUUCAACUGCAACCCAAGACAAUUCAAGCGCUCCUCCACGAGGAAAUGUUCUCCACUGCCAUUUUACCGAGGUCUGCUCCUCACACACGGCUCUUUACAGGUAAACACGUGCUGGCAGGCUAAUUAGCAUCAGCCCGCUAACGUAAAAACCUGGUGGUCUGGGUCACAGGGUCUCCACCUCCUCAUCUUCACCUCGACACCCAUAUGAAGCACUUAAGAUGCAGUUAAGACUGUCAGUCACUAAGCUCUAUUCCCUCAACAGGAGGGCUGACUCUGGAUCAGUACUCUGAUUCAGAACAGGCCCCGAGAACAGAUUUCUUUGCCUUUUGUGACCUGAAUAUUUAAAAAACGGACCCAACGUGUCCGUCAUCAGUACCUGGGCUUGAAUUUAGGAGCAGCCCCCGUCUAACUUGUUUUGCUGGAGUUGGGAGAAGUUAAAGAAAAAAUACCUCUGAGUUCAAUUCUGCUGCAAAAAUGACAGAUUUACAGUAUGUGGAUUUUUUUCCUUUUUUUAAUCCUGCAGUUACUCAUGAAUUUGGUCUGUUUUUAGCACUUGAUAAUACACAGAUGUACUCUGUGGCUACACAUAACUGUCAAUGCAAACUACCUUGUUAGCAGAGAGGGCUAUAACGUAGACAGGGGGCGAGUAUAGAAACAGGUAAAUGUCGUAGAGAUCCAGCAGAGUGGGACUUUGUAACGGGGACAACAGGACAUUCUCCCAUCAUGUCCUGUGACAACAAACAGGGUCAGGAGGGACGGCCAGGAACGCCUGAAUGGAAUUCUUCAUUUCAGUGUCCCGUUUUUUCCUCCAUCAUAAUGAAUAUCCUCAACACAACCUCUUCACCUCGCCAGCUCUCUGCCGCUCGCUGACCUUUUGUCGGCGUGUGGUUAGAGGUGGACACGUUGAGAGGAGUCUCAGCUGUCCUGCUUGCCUGCCCGUAUGGAAUAUACAUUUGAAAUGCAUUUGAUGUGCUGAAUGCAUUUGUAAAAAAUGAUUUCAGUUAAUGCCAAAAUGUCUCAAGAAAAAGUAAUCCAGGAAAGAUCCCAACUGAGAGAUAUUUUACAGGAUAUAUGUGAACUGUUAAAAUAUAAAAAAAUAUAUAUAUAAAAAUAUAUAUAUAUAUAUAUCUAUUCCAAUAUAUAGAAUAGAAAGGAAAAAUGUCCUGUAAUACACUGAAAAUGCUUUUUAGGUGCAUUGUUAAUACAUUUAACAGUAAAGUAAAACGAAGUGGCCACCUUUUACAUAUUCGAAUGCAUUCUGCAAAUAUGCAUCGUGUGUGCAAGCCUGCUUCUUGUUUGUGCCUCUCAUCAUUUACAUUCAAGUCUCACAAAGCUGUGUAACAACACUCGCUGCUGUUCUGAAGGUAUCCAGUCUCCCAAGGCUCGUCCAACCAUCUGGGUGAAUAAAUGAUAAAAAAAGAUUUAUAGUUUGCAAAUUGCAACUGUAUUUCCUAAUCCAGGUAGCUGGAAAUUACAUAACUUUUAGUUUCCUCUGUACCGCACAAGAAGAAUAAUUCAUUCUGUAUGAAAAAAAAAAUGGCACUAAAUGCCCCUGAAAUUCAGUUUUCUUAAUCAGCUUCUCACUGUGAGAGGAGUUCCUGGAGGUUUUUCUUCCUGCUUUUCUCUCUGGUUUGAAGUGGGCGGGGCUCAGUUGGAAAAAGGUGAUGUCACGUAUUGUCUCGGUGAUCCAGAAUCUGGUGACGGUUGGUGGGUCGUUUGGUCACUGUCAGUCAGAUCUGAUCUAACCACACCCACAUGGUCCUGAGCAGAUUUAUUGAGUUUUUUUAAGUGUUGACCUCUUCCCCCCCCAAACUAGGAGUAAUCAAGUUUCCAGAACAGCAGCAAGUGUUGUUCAGCAACUUCACGCCUCCAAGGAUAUUUGUGUAAAAACACCAACAACAAACAGACGUUUGGCUGUAUGACUUCAGUAUUGUUAAUUCAUGAGAGGGCACAAACUGGGCAAACACAUUUUCUUUCCAUGUGGGCGGAAAGUUUUUAAUGUGUGACUUUGACGUCAACCAGUCGUGGCUGAACGUCCAAUCCAGGACGCAAAAGUCCAAGACGCAGCAGUUCCUCUGCUGCUCAUCUGUAAACCCCUCGGUCAGUGUACAGUUGGGUUCAAACAGGACUGUUACCUGCCAGGCUCAGGCUCCGCCCCCCCCUCCUGUCCUCCUCCAAUCACUCAGCAGCUGGCGAGGUCCCCUCUGUAUCUGUUCUAGUGGUUUUCUGUUUCAAUGUUUUUACGCUACACACUACAAUAAAGUGUCCCCCUUGUUGAUAUGCCCCUCCCCACCUGACAAUAAUGUAUCAAAUCUUUAAAUAUUAUCAUGUUAAGAGUAUACUUUAUGCAAAUAUAUAUGAGUAUGAUGAGUGUAUUGUAUGUAUCAGCAGUGAAAUAUUUUUAAAAUAAAAUUAUUUGUUUCUGUCA